AUGUUCAAUCGUUUAUUUGAAAAUUUUGAAUAUAAUUUUUUCAUAAAAAGAAAGAAGUUAAAAUAUGAUACGAAAGAUGGACAAUAUGUGAAACAAAAUAUAUCAAAAAAAAAUAAGGACUAUUAUAAUAUAAUAUUCUUACUAUCACUAUAUACGAUACAAGGUGUACCUAUUGGAGUUUCGUCCGUAGUACCAUUAAUCAUACAAGAUAAAGUCAGCUAUUCUCAAUUAAGUAUAUUAUCAUUAGUUAGUUUACCUUUCAGCAUAAAAUUAUUAUGGGCACCUAUAGUUGAUUCGGUAUAUAAUAAAAGAAUUGGAAGGAGAAAAAGUUGGAUAAUACCACUACAGCUAUUUUGCAGUUUUACGAUGAUAUAUUUUAGUAAUAAUGUCAGUAUCUGGUUAGGGGAAAAAGACAAUAUUCCAAAUUUAUUUUUCCUAACACUUUUUUUUCUCCUUCUAUUUUUUCUAAUGGCUACACAAGAUAUUGCCGUGGACGGAUGGGCGUUAACAAUGUUAUCUGAAGAAAAUAAAAAAGCGGCCUCUACAUGCAAUAUACUGGGACAGAACAUAGGAUAUUGCUUAUCGCAAUUAUCCUUUUUAACAUUAAAUAACAAAAACAUUUGUUUCUAUAUAUUCAAAAAAUAUAUUAAGUUUAUGUAUUUAAUAUUCAAUAAAUCAACCUAUUAUAGAAAUAUGUAUGAAAAGAUGGAUCUUUUAUACCCAUCAUUUCAACCAUUUGUUGAUAUGAAAAAAUUUUUAAAAUUCUGGGGGACAUUUAUACUAAUGCUCACUAUAUAUACGUGCUUUAAGAAGGAGAAGUCAGAACACGAUGAAGAAAAAGAUAAAUUAAAAAAUAAUAAUGAAAUGGAUAAUUAUAAUAUUUCAGAAGGACAAAAAUGUGACGAUAAAAUGAAUAAUGCAAAAAUUAAUAAUCCUAAAAAAUUAAAUAACCAAAUAAGAACAAAUGAACAUAUAAAAAUAAAUGAUAUAAAACAAACGAAUAUUCAAAAGCAAUCUAGUGAAAUAAAUGAAUUUGCAAAUGCAAAAGAUACGUAUAAAACAUUAUACGAAUUAUUAUUUCUACCUCCAAUGAAAAUAUUUAUUAUUUUAUUUUUAAUUAACCGUUUACCAUUUGCUUCUGUAGAGGUAGGAACAAAUUUUAAAAUGUUAAAAAGAGGAAUAACUAAAGAGGAAUUUGCUUUAUUUAAUCCAUUAUAUAUACCUGUAUCAAUUAUAUCCCCAGCUAUUAUUGGGAAAAUUAUACAAAAAAUGAAACCACUGGAUGUUUAUUAUUUUGGAUAUGUAUUAAGAUAUUUUUCAAAUAUCAUUUUAUCUACUUUACUACCUAUAACCAAAUACAUGUAUUCAAAUAAAAUAGAAGGUACAAAUAUGAAAUUUUAUUUUUAUUACAUGUAUAUAUUUAUGGCACAAGUUUUUAAUCAUUUCUCAAUCGAUUUAAUGACUGUUUCAUCGAUGAGUUUUCAAAAUAUAAUAUCAGAUCCUAAAAUAGGAGGGACAUAUAUGACCUUUUUAAAUACCGUAAAUAAUUUGGGCUCACACUGGUCUACUAUAUUUUUAUGGCUACUUGAUUACACUGAUAAGGAAUUUUGUUAUAAAGGAAAAUGUGUGCUAGUUGAUGGAUUUUAUAUUCAGAUGAUAUUGUCCUUUAUAAUUGGAAUAAUAAUCAACAAGUAUAUUCUAAGUUUUACGAGAAAGCUACAAGCUUUUCCUUUAGAAGACUGGAGAACAAAAUAUAUUGGAAAAGAAUUUUAA